AUUCGAGACAUCACCAUGAAAUUCUUUGCCAUUUGCGCCCUCCUCAUCCUUCCGCUGGUCAGCGGUGGAAUCGUGCCACGCACACCUACUAGGCACUUUGUGGCCUACGAGAUCCAAUCUACCCAUAAUCUCCCCCAGAUGGAAGCCAUCGUCCAGAAGAUGCAGAUCCUAUUACAGAACAUGAUUCCGGAUAUGUCCGUGUUGGCCGACGCUGUCGCCGUACCCGACAUGUCCGUCCAGUCGGAAGCGGGUGUGCUGCCGGAUAUGUCGGUGGCCACUGACGCCGAUGAGACCCCCAGGAGGCGCUCCGCAGAGUUCAAGGUCGCUCCGAUCGCCAAGAUCGCUGCUCCCAUGAUCGCUGAGAUCCCCGAUAUGUCUGUCCAGGCUGACGCCGGCUUAAUCCCCGACAUUUCCGUGGCCUCCGAUGCUGAUGAAACUCCCAAGCGAGCCUCCUUUGGUCUAAAGAAGCCACUGCUGGACAGAAUCGCUGGUGCUAUUGCUAACAUGGAUGCCGAUCUGAUUCCCGAUAUGUCUGUGGCCUCCGAUGGUGAUGACACCCCCAAGCAGGCUCUCCCAAAAAUGACCAAGGUCUCUGGUGGCGUGCCAGUGGAGCUUAUGACCCAUGCCGACGCCGAUCAAAUUCCAGACAUGUCCGUUGCAUCCGAUGCUGAUGAUACCCCUAGGAAGGUUGUUGCUAGCCUUAAGACCCUGCCCAAAAUGACCAAGGUCUCUGGAGGCGAGCCAGUGGAGAUCAUGACUCAUGCCCAUGACGAUCUUAUUCCCGACAUGUCCGUUGCUUCAGACGCCGAUGUGACCCCCAAGCAGGCUGUUGUCGGUCUCAAGGCCCUGCCCCAGUUGACCAAGGUUUCCGGAGCCAACCCUGUAGAGCCAAUUUUCCAAGCUAAUGCUGAUCUGGUUCCCGAUGUGUCCGUGGCUUCCGAUGCUGAGGAUAAGGCUGCCAAUCAGCUGCCCGAUAUCUCUGUGGCUGGCGAUGCCAAGUUUGAUCCCAAGAUGACUCUUGUUGCCCUUUUGGCAAGGAUCCACUAAAUAACUCUGUCCCCAUUAAAACGGAAAUUAUUCAAAUCUAACUGGUUGUGUGCUAUUGUAUUCUUAAGACUUUAUACGAUUUUUAAUCAAUUUUUAUAAAAGCAA